CACUCCUUAGAGAGAGAAAGAGGAGCGAGAAUCGCAUUAACAGCUGCUCUGCAUCGCUGUUUGAGAGGGAUAGGAAGAGAGAGAGAAACGACAAAAGAUGUGUGUUUGUGUUUGGUGAAGAAACAUAUAUAGAAGGAGAAAUUGCAAAGAAGAAGAAGCAGCAGCAGCGACACCACUCUCCUUUGACAAAGAUUGAGAUCGUGAAAUAGAAGGAGAGAAGAAUGUAUGGAGAUUGUCAAGUUAUGUCGUCAUCAACGGUGGGAGGAAACCCUAUGUCGUCGGAUAACUCAUCGCUGUACAACUCCACCAUCCAAAACCCCAACUUCAAUUUCAUGGCCAACAUCAGCCCUUUCAACAUGUUCUCUCCGAUUCUCCCACAGAAAGAAGAAUCCGCAGCCGCGAUGGCGAAAGCCAAAGAGGAUUUAUUGGAAAGCGGCUCCGGCAGCGAGCACAUCGAAGGAGCGUCGGGCAACGAGCAGGAGGCGGAGCAGCAGCCCCCCGCCAAAAGCAAACGCUACCACCGCCACACCGCCCGCCAGAUCCAAGAGAUGGAAUCAUUGUUCAAGGAAUGUCCGCACCCAGACGACAAACAGCGCCUCAAACUCAGCCAAGACCUCGGCCUCAAACCGAGGCAAGUCAAAUUCUGGUUCCAAAAUCGCCGCACUCAGAUGAAGGUGAGUGGGAGCUUCUUUCUCUCUCAUCAGGAACCCUAGAAAAAAAAAGUUUUUUUUUUCUGUUUUCCAGCUGUUAGAAAAGGUCAAAACGAAAUACCUA